AUGCAUCAGAAAUCAAUUUAUUUGGAUACAGGCAAAGACACGGAUAUUCAAGUUGAACCGGAAGCAGCAGAUCAGGUUAAAGUUGAGGAAGAUAUGAACCGAGACUUAAUUAAAUUAGUAGAACGAACGCAAAAUAGUGACAAAAGUUUAAUCAAUAAAAGAAAAGUGUUUAUGAAAACGAAAAGUGAAGCAGCAAAUGAUAAGAAGAAUGAGAAGAAACACAAAAAAGAAAAAUUGCAUUCGAAUGGGAAGAAUGAUCAUCAAAUUUUAAUCCAGAAAACUAUAAUACCUGAAAUGGGACAGCAUGAAACACAAUCAACACAGGCGGAUGACUUCAAAGAUUCAAAAAUAAUUGAUCAAAUACAUAGCGGUGAGCAAUGUCGAAAGCGUAAAAGUAAUAUCGAUAAGCGUUAUAAAGACAACAAUUCGGAAGAAGCUCGUGAAGGUGUUGCGAAAAGCCAAAGUUUAGAAGAAGAGCCAUCAACUCUGGAAGGUGUCGCAUCAAUUGCUCGUGACGAUGCUCCAUCAGCUGUCAGUCAAUUACGCCACGGUACGGGAAGCGUUAAAAUAAGUUUAAUCCAAAAAAGACGCGCUCUAAACAAAACCAAUCCAACUAAGCGAAGAUUUGUUAAAAAAUCAUAG